ACGGACUGGAGAAUGUCUACAAAUGUCGUGUGGGUCAGGACCAACCCUAAAUGUAUCAAACUGGAGCUGCCUGAAAACACAACAAUUCCUAACUUACACGAAGUCAAGGAAAACAUGACCAUGGGAACGACGUUGGUUACCAACCCUCAAGGAGGCUUUCUGGCCUGUGGUCCCCAGUACGGCUACAUGUGUGGUCAGCAGACGUACAUCUCUGGGGUCUGUACCAACGUCAGCUCAACCUUCCAGGUGCUCAACUCUAUCGCCCCGGCUGUGCAAGAGUGUGCCAAAGAGCUUGACAUUGUCAUGGUUCUUGACGGCUCCAACAGUAUCUGGCCCUGGACCAGCAUCAUUGAAUUCCUGGUCAAGUUUCUGAAGAAUAUCGAAAUUGGAGCUAAACUGUCACAGGUGGGCAUUGUGUCGUAUGGAGAGGAAGUCACUCACAAUGUCAACCUCAGCCAGUUUGAUACCACUCAAUCCCUCCUGGCCAAAGUGGAGAAACUUCCCCAGCAAACAGGUUUCAAGACUAUGACCGCCCUGGGAAUUGACACUGCAAGGAAAGAGGCCUUCACUGUGGAGCGAGGGGCGCGGCCGGGGGUCAAGAAGGUCAUGAUAAUUGUGACGGACGGAGAGUCACAUGACUUUUAUAACCUCGACAAGGUCAUCAAAGAAUGUGAGGAGGACGAUAUCGAGAGGUUCGGUAUCGCUGUGCUUGGUGAUUACAACAGGAACAACAGAAGCAUCAAGGAGGUGAAGAAAUUCAUUGAGGAGAUCCAGUCGAUCUCCAGCGAUCCUGUGGGAGAUCACUUCUUCAACGUGUCGGAUGAGUUUGCCUUGCUGAACAUCGUAGAUGCCCUGGGCAGCAGGAUCUUUGCCUUGGAGGCAACGUCAGGUAACUACACCUCGUCUUUUGAGAUGGAGAUGUCCCAGGCUGGAUUUAGUGCCCACACCUCUAAAGAGGGUGUGAUGCUGGGUGCUGUGGGGGCGUAUGAGUGGAACGGGACAGUAGUGAUGCAUACCGACCAGGGUACCGUGGUUCCUCUAAACGCAGACUUCCAAGACCCCCUGGAUGAGAGGAAGGAGAGCCUGGCGGGGUACGUGGGUUAUGCUGUACAGUCAGCCUCAACCCCUAAUGGUGUAUUAUACAUCACAGGAGCACCGCGGUACAACCACACAGGCAGAGUCAUCGUGUACAAACUGGAUGGGGAAAGCAUCACAGUCACACAAGUACUGAAAGGAGAGCAGAUUGGCUCCUACUUUGGCAGCGUGCUCCAGACGGUGGAUGUUGACCAGGACUCCUACACAGACAUCCUGCUGGUGGGAGCUCCUAUGUUCAUGGGCCCAGAGAGGGAGGAACAGGGACAGGUUUACGUCUACAAACUCAAUGAGAAGGGCCUAUUUGAGCACCAGACCACGCUGAAGCCAGACAACCAGACGUGUUGUACCUCGGCCCACUCCCACGGUUGCACCAUCGUCAACACCAACGGCCCGUGUGGCGCCCGCUUCGGCACCGCCAUCGCAGAGGUCAGUGACCUGGACCUGGACGGGAACCGGGACGUGGCCAUCGGGGCGCCACUGGAGAACGACCACAAAGGGGCAGUCUACGUCUACCAUGGAGCCAAGAAGACCAUCAAGGAAAAAUAUGUGCAGCGUAUCCCAGGCCCUGGAGACGGGGUGAAGACUAAGUUCUUUGGCCAGUCGAUCCACGGAGUCAUGGAUCUGAACGGAGACGGAAUUAUAGACAUUACCAUCGGAGGGCUGGGAGGGGCUUCUCUGUUCUGGUCGAAGGAUGUUGCUGUGCUUUAUGCCAACAUGACCUUUGACCCAAACAAGAUCAACCUACAGCAGCCCUCUGAAGAUUGUGUGCUGGGUGAGAGAGCCACUGUGUGUGUGAAGACCAGGGUCUGCUUUAACUACAGUGUCAAGUCUGAGAAGGACCACACUAACUUGGGCACAGCCAUUAAGUACAACCUGACUCUGGACUCUCUGAGGGCAAAGUCGAGGGCAGCGUUUGUCAACCCUGACGAGAAGAGUGAGAGGAAGGUCCAGGUCACCGCCAACAUCAUAGAUGCUCUGUGUCUGGAGCAUUCCUUUGCCAUGAAGGCUAAUCUGGACUUCAGGGACCCAAUCAUGGUCUCCCUAGAGUUUGGUCUGGCUGAGGACACAGGCCCCGUCCUGGAUGGAGACUUACCAACGUCACUCAACAAAACGAUUCCUUUGGUGGACUGUGGGAGCGAUGACAAGUGCAUAGCUGACCUAUCCCUGAAGGCUGUGCCAAGUAUACAAAGUCUUGUGAUCAAAGCCAACAAGGAAAAGUUCCAUGUGCUCAUUACCAUUAGAAACAGUCAAGACAAUGCCUACAAUACCAAAGUCAUGCUCAGCUUUACUGAAAACAUAAACUACGUCAAAGUCAAGGCCAAUGACAAAGUCUGCAGUCUGAAUAAUACCAAAGUUGAGUGUGCUGUGGGAUAUCCAUUCCUCAAAAGCAAUGUAGAGGAGGUGUUUGAGAUCCUGUUUGAAGUCAACCCUGCACACGUCUGGAAAGAAAUUCAGAUCAACGUAACUGCAUCCAGUGACAGUGAGGAAUUGAAGACCACCCUCCAUGACAACUCUGUGAGAAUCUCCAUCCCUGUGAAGUACGAGGCUGGACUCAGAUUCACUGCCGACAGGCAUAUGAAGGAGGACCACAUCAUAGUGAAAGAGGGAGAGCAGUACCCCAGCGUCUUCAACCACACCAGUGUGAUAGGAGAAGAGGUCAAGAUCAUCUAUACGGUUAAAAAGGUGUGGAUAUGGAGACUCCUCCUCUAAAGCUGAGGGUGAUGUACCCGUACCUAUCACCUAGUGAGAACAUCCUGCU